AUGUAUAUGUUAUCGGAUGAGGAGGUAGCUUACUCCAAUAGUCUGUAUAGUGGUGAAACCGGGACGGAGGCGAAGGACAGUAGCGAAGAGCAGUCCCAGGGGUACGAAAGGAACCAACUCGACAGCUUCGACCAGAUGGGUGGUGCACGGGGGAAGAUGCACACGUACAACAGGUGGCGAAAACGGGUACAUCAUAGUGAGAGCAACAGUGAAGACCAAAGCGGAGAAGGCCAAAGUGAAUGUCACAGUGAAUGUCACAGUGAAGGCCAAAGUGAAGGGCAAAGUGAAUACCAAGAAGAGGAAAGUGAAUACGGGCGAAAAGAUCAGCAUAUGUACGAGGUGGAGUAUGAAAAUUCAUACCAGCCAAAGGAUCAAAGUUCGCCUCAGAAUGAGAGCGAACUCUUCAAGUACGUCUGCAUAGCAUCGAUAGAGGACACCGAAAUUUUGUUCAAGUGCAGCUUCCUUCCAAAUGAUCUGGAAGCCGCCGCAAACUACACCAUAAAAAAAAUACUAGGCGCCUCCAAAAGGAAACUAAAUCAUUGCAAUAAAAAAAUCCUCAAUUGGGACAACAAAAUUAUUUACUUCACAAUCUGCACGGAAAAAAAAAUGGCAUUUUUUCUGAUCGGAUUGCAUAUGAAAGGUUACUUCAAAAAUUACGCAUUCGAGUUUUUAAAGAAACUGGAAAUCUACACCAAGUCGGAUUUAUUUUCUGGCAAGAAUUACAAAGCCAAAAAUAUCAACCCCUCCAAAAUCCACAGCACACAAGCAUUUUUGCAGCGCACAAUAAAAGGCAUUAAUAAAUGUUGUCGUGAUGAAAAAAUUAUAGCAGUAAAACAAAAGCUACACAAAAUAAAUUCCGUUAUGAAUAAUCACAUCGAUAAUUUAUAUCAGUCCAGGGGAAAUAUAAAGGCUCUCAAAUAUAAGACUCAGGACAUGUCGAAAAAUACAUUGCACUUUGUUCAAAAUAGUAAAAAAUUGAAAAGAAUAAUGCUAAUGAAGUAUUGGAAGACCUAUGUUCUCUUGGCUUGUUUCGCCAUCAUAGGAUUUAAGGUUUACCGAUCCAUAUGA